AUGACUAGAAGAAAAGUCUGGUCAAAGCGUGAAGAGCCGUCUAUUGAAGAAACGCCAUCUAUAAAGUAUAUCUCAAAGCCUGGUCUAGGUGGAGUAUCAUCUCCUGGCGCUAUCAAUAUAAGUAUCAGAAAAGUCGGUAAUGUGAAGAGGAGAAAGGUAGCUGGUGCUACAAAAAGAAAGGCUCCUGAGGAUCGGCUCAGUCUGCCUAAGGACAUCACCGGCAGCCACUUUGUGCAGUUUGUUGUGGACACAAUGGAUAUUAUGGAUCAAUUUCCAGAAGUGAAGGGGUAUCACAUUGUGAUGGAUAAUGCUCUCAUUCAUGUCCACAGUAUCGUUAACCCUACUAUAAUUCGUCGUGGGUACACACCUGCGUACCUUUCAACUUACUCGUCUGAGCUAAACAAAAUUGAGCAGUUCUGGGAGGAUAUUAAGCACUAUUUUAAUAGAGAGAAACUUAAGGACAAUAAGACGCUUACCUAUCGAAUGAUGGAUGCUUGUGAGAGAGUACAUCUUCAAAACAUAUGA